AUGGCAUUAGACGCCUUUUCGGGCGAUUCUGAUCCCAUGGAACAUUUGAGGUACUUCAACACCAAGAUGGUAAUUGGUGGGGCGACGGACGAGGUGAAGUGCAGAUUGUUGCCUUCAACAUUCAAGGGAAUGGCGAUGCAGUGGUUCAUCAGACAACCGCCCUUCUCCAUUAACAAUUUUACGGAUUUGUCUACUAAAUUCUUAACUCAAUUCUCCGCCAACAAAACUACAAAAACAACUAUGUUUGACCUCAUCAGCAUACAUCAACAGCCAGGAGAGAAGCUAAAGACCUACAUGGCGCGCUUCAGUAAGAUGGCUGUUCAACUGGAGGAGGAUAACCUGGAUGUAUGCUUGGCGUCUUUCAAAAAUGGCCUUAGGGCGGGGGAUUUGAAUGGAGAUUUAACAAGACGACCAGAAAGGGACAUGAUGGAUCUUCAUGCUCGCGUUUAG